AUGGUAGUAUAUGUAACACUUAUAGUUAUGCUUUUUGGAAGGACUUUAGUUUUUUAUAGUCUCUCGCCAUACUAUUCAGCAUUAGGGUUGGUAGUUUUUUCGGUUCCUGGGUCCUUCGUCUUAUCUUUCUUAGGUAGGUCAUUUGUACCCAUUGUAUUGUUCCUUGUUUACAUCGGAGGAAUGUUAGUCGUGUUUCCUUACUCUAGCGCUAUAUCGCCUGAGCGGUUUCCCUCAGUAAAAAAUUUAGGGGAGGUUGUUGGGCUUGUCUUUCUUUUUUCUUCCUGGGUUUUUAUGUCUUUUGAUAAUUUUCAAGACCUGAAGAAUAUUUUUCAUUGUUUUGUUAGAGGCGAGAGACUAGUCGGAAGAAACACCUUUUACAACAGGGGUGGCGUCUUGGUCAUCUUAGGUGUUUUUGUGUUGCUUGUAGCCUUAGUUGGAGCUUUGAUAAUUUCUCGAGGAAUCGAAAGAACAAUAAUUCGUGCUAUCUGGUUAUGAUAA